AUGGCUCGCAAGGAAAAAGAAUUACAUAUGCAACUAUACCCUGGCUGGAGUGCUCGGGAUAACUACGCAUCACACACGAAAAAAAAGAAGAGAAAAAGGGAAGUAGCAGGUGAGAAUAAAGCUAAGUCCAGAUUACCCUGGUAUUUCAAUGAUGUUAACACGGAUUCUAUAACUGCUGAAGGAAGUUCUGGCGUUGAUUCGUAUCACUGGGAAAGGACAAGGCCAUCUAUUAUUGAAUGCUCAAAUCCAAAGAAAUGCCGGGCUAGAUUCGGCCUAGACCAACAGAAUCAGUGGUGCAAGCCGUGCAGGCGAAAGAAAAAGUGCAUUAGAUUCCUGACUGGUGAAGACGGAACGGCCAGCAACACUGAUGGAGAAGAUGGUAACGAUGAUGUCAUGAGUGAUGGGAUAGCGACUACAACGACGACGACGGCAGACUCUAUUAAUGAAAGUGACUGUAACUUAGAAAGCCCGACCAUGUCUCCUCACAGCGAAGACCUUAAGGAUGAACAAAAACUCGUGCAAAGUAUCAAAAUGGAAUCUAGAGACUCCCCACCGCUCGUGCCUCGUUCCACUUCUUCGCCAAACACCUAG